AUGAAAAUUGUAUUUCUCGAAAGGGAUACUAUCCCAAAGCACAUCCAAAUCCCCAGACCUAGCUUCCCACAUGAAUGGGUAGAAUAUGGAUUUACGAAAGUUGAAGAAGUUUUCGAGAGAAUCAAAAAUGCUGAAAUAAUUAUCGUAAAUAAAGUUUUAAUCAAGAGAGAAGUUAUGGAGAAAUGCCCUAAAUUGAAACUUAUCGCUGUUGCUGCUACAGGCAUGAACAAUAUUGACCAUGCCGCAGCAAAAGAAUUCGGAAUUACUGUUAAAAAUGUAACAGGUUAUUCCUCUGUUUCACUUCCAGAGCAUGUUCUUGGAUUAAUAUACUCUCUGAAGCACAGCAUCCAUUUGUGGGCUCGCGAUCAAUUGACUGACAGAUGGAGCAAUUCAAAUACAUUUUGUUACUUUGACCAUCCAAUUACAGACGUUAAGGGAUCAACAAUCGGAAUCAUAGGUAAAGGUAACCUUGGAAGCGAAGUUGGAAGGCUGGCUCAGCUUGUAGGAAUGAAUGUUCUUUAUGCCGAGCAUCGUGAUGCCAAAACCAUUCGCGAAGGCUACACGAAAUUCGAGGAUGUAUUAGCACAAUCCGACAUCAUUACUCUUCACUGUCCUUUGACAGAUGAAACAAAUAACAUCAUAAACGAAUCUACAAUCAACAUGAUGAAGCCAGGAGUCAUGUUAAUCAAUACAGGCCGCGGAGCACUCAUUGAUUCUGAAGCAGUAAUCAAAGCUCUUGAAUCCGGAAAAAUCGGAUCAGCUGCCAUCGACGUUAUGAUCAAAGAACCACCAGAGAAAGGUAAUGUUAUUAUGGAAGCAGCAAAAAGGCUUCCAAACCUUAUUGUUACUCCACACGUCGCCUGGUCAUCAGAUUCAGCUGUUGAGACCUUAGUUAACAAGGUUAAACAAAACAUUGAAGAUUUCGUUGCAAAUUCUCAUUAA